AUGGCGAAAGUGAAGUGUCUGGCAGCUCUGCUGCUCAUCGCAUUGGCGAGUACCGAAGCUGCCCUGGGUCCGAGGGGAUACGGGACGAGAUUCGGCAGUGCGCCUCUGCUGGAGAGGUUCGCCUGGAGGAUACUGGACUGGAAUUACCCCAACGAAGUGAGCAGGCAGCAGGCCAUCGCCAGCGGUGACUUCCAGCCGGAGAACGCGUUGCCCGUCGGCAUCGAGAUCUGGAGGGACAAGCUCUUCAUCAGCGUGCCGAGGUGGAAAAAUGGUAUACCAGCUACCUUGAACUACAUUCCGCUGAACUCAGUUCGCGGCGGAGCUCCCAAGCUCAAUCCUUAUCCGACCUGGGCUCAAAACGUCGCCGGAGCCUGUGGAAGCGGACUAACCACCGUCUACAGGAUUCACGCGGACGUGUGCGACAGACUGUGGGUACUCGACGUCGGCACUAUCGGCAUCGGUAACACCACCGUCCAGGCUUGUCCCUACACCCUCAACGUAUUCGACCUGACCACCGAUAAGCUUCUCAGACAGUACAGGCUCAGGCCCGAGGAUGUCAACCAGAAUACCUUCAUCGCGAAUAUCGCCAUCGAUCUGGGCAAAGGCGGCUGCGACGACGCCUUCGCCUACAUGUCCGACGAGCUCGGCUACGGCCUCAUCGUCUACUCCUGGCAGCUGAACAAGUCUUGGAGGCUCUACCACAGCUACUUCAUGCCCGACCCUCUUGCCGGGGACUACAACAUCGGCGGCUUGAACUUCCAGUGGGGCGAGGAGGGAAUAUUCGGCAUGAGUCUGUCGCCGAUCGCCCUCGACGGUUUCAGAACUCUCUUCUUCCACCCUCUGAGCAGCAAUCGGGAGUUCGCUGUCUCCACGAGGAUACUCAGGGACGAGAGCCGUGCCGAGGAUAGCUGGCACGAUUUCCAGGUACUACCGGAGCGUGGACCUUUGGGCCACUCGACUGCGGAGGUCAUGGACGACAACGGCCUGCAAUUCUUCAAUCUUGUCGACCAGAACGCCGUAGGAUGCUGGAACUCUCUGCUACCCUAUGCCCCGUCGAACCAGGCGGUCGUCGCACGCCACGACGAGGCCAUGAUUUUCCCAGCCGACGUUAAGGUUAACCGAGGCCUGCUCUGGAUUAUGACCGACCGAAUGCCGGUCUUCCUCGUCUCCACGCUCAACUACACGGACGUGAACUUCCGGAUACUGACGGUGCCGGUACGCGACGCCAUCGCCGGUACAGUCUGCGAUAACUCGCCCUGGACGUACACGGGUAACCAACUGGGUGGACCGUAUGGACAGCCCUGGUGGGACCGAUGAUCUUGUUUACUAGAUGAUCGAAGACCCGGACAACUCGGCGAGCGUAGCGAGGACUUUGACUCUGUUGUAUUAUACGAUUAUCGAUGAAUAUCGAGAAUCCGAGGCAGCUCUCUCGAAUUUGCUUCGACUUUGUACAUUAAGUAUACUAUCUAUAAUGAUGAGUAUUUAAAAGCGUAUUUAAUUGAAAUUUCAAAGGAAAAUUACCUGAGGUACGAUGUUACAUAAGGUAUGUUUUUUUUGUUUCUACACGUUCGUUCACUAUGAUAUGGAUACCGGAAAUUAGACGAACAAGACGGUGAAAUUGAUAUUAUGUUUCUUCUCGUCUAUUUCCCGCCAUCCAUAAUAAACGAGAGGAAGGAAAGUAAGCAUCGCGAAACGAAAGCCGCGUAUACGUGUAUUCACGUGUAUACGGGGCGGAAUGUAACUGACGGAAAGGAAUCCUGUUUAACUGGUGCAAUGCGAACGCGAAUGAUGUACAUUUUUUUCCAGCAUUCUUGAAGAGUUUAGUAUUAAGUCAUAAAUUUUGCAGCAUGUAGUUUAUGUUUUUUAAGAAAAGACCUAUGUUGGAUCAAACGAAAUUUAAAUCGUAAUUUAUGCUUGAUAAAGGGCAAUUAAUCAUUCGAGAAUACAUCGUAAAAUAACAAUACUGUUGAUGUUUACAAUCGCGCAAAGAAUUUUCAUUUCCUGUAAAAUAUGCGAAAAAUUUUAGAAUAAAAUAUGUACGUGAAAACUAC